UGUGUGGAGCUGUUCACGUCCCUUCAGGGCAUGGGUGUUGUCGUGACCACGUGACUAAAAGUUGGGGGUUGUGUGUCUGUGUAUAAAUAUUGAAAUCCUGAGUGCAGCUCUGUUAAAGUCCAGUAGAGCUGCAUGAGGAACUUACAUGCUGGUCAAUCAAGGCUCAUGAGAUUUGUCUCCUCAGUUUGGCCGCUCUGACAAGAUGGAGCACCUGAACAACUCCACCCAGCUGAGUGCGCAGGUGUCGCAGAGCGGCGGCGGGAAGGCGUACCUGUACGUUCUCAUUGUCAUCUCCUUUUACGGAGUGUUCCUGUGCGGCAUCAUGCUGGGCUACUUCCACUCCAAGCGGAAGGAGCGGCGGAGGACCAACAUCUUCACCCGCCUCGUCCACGAGGAGCAGCAGCGCGAGUGGGGAGAGCUCCCUAAGAAGCACAGUCUGGCCUGCCCCGCGGACGAUGACGUCACGACGACGGCGACCAGACCGCCGCGUUUGGCCCCGCCCUUCCACGUGAACCACGUCUCCCACCUGCGUCACGAGAGCGCGCUUCCCUCUCCGCUGGCAUGCGCGCUGUGCACGGAGCAGAGUAGCGUCAGCUCCCUGUGCUCGUCCGCGGACACGCGCCUGGCCAUCGAGGAGGAGGAGUCGGACAGCGGCACCGGGGAGGGACCGGAGGAGAUGGCUCAGAAGAUUCCGUCGGAGAUCAACGGGGAGGACUCGGGAUGAAAAACGGCCGGACGUGGUCAGAUAUUUUGUAAAGUAUGUACAAUUGGGCCAGUGGUUACCAUAAACACUGCUGAAUAACUUAAUAGGCCGCUAUUGAUAUCACGUACACAAACCAAAGGACGCGGCGGCCAUUUUGUAAAAACAAAACCAGAACAAAGCUACGGACACCCUCUUUGAAUGGUGAAAAAGUGUAAUAUUGGUAUCCACAUUUCCGCUUUUUCACACUCAUUCUCCAUUGUAAAGUGUUACUAGUUCCACAUCUGUCAAUCAAUUUAAAGUCAAAUUGCUUCUUGAUAAUGUUAGCAUACUUGCCAGCUAGGGGUGUGGGAAAAAAAUCGAUUCGAAUACGUUGUGCGAUUCAGAAGCGAUUCUCAUUUUUUUUAAAUCGAUUUAUUUUUAUUUAUUUUUUAUUUUUUUAUCAAUCCAACAAACCACUACACAGCAAUACCAUAACAAUGCAAUCCAAUUCCAAAACCGAACCUGACCCAGCAACACUCAGAACUGCAAUAAACAGAGCAAUUGAGAGAAGACACAAACACGACACAGAGCAAACCAAAAGUAGUGAAACAAAAAUGAAUAUUAUCAACAACAGUAUCAAUAUUAGUUAUAAUUUCAGCAUAGCAGUGAUUAAAAAUCCCUCAUUGACAUUAUCAUUAGACAUUUGUAAAAAAAAAAAGAACAAUAGUGUCACUGUGCCUUACACUUGCAUCGCAUCUCAUAAGCUUGACAACACUGUGUCCAAUAUUUUCACAAAGAUAAAAUAAGUCAUAUUUUUUGUUUAUUUAAUAGUAAAAACAAAUUUACAUCAUUGCAAUCAGUUGAUAAAACAUUGUCCUUUAACAUUAUAAUAGCUUUUUUUACAAAAAUCUACUACUCUGCUUGCAUUUCAGCAGACUGGGGUAGAUCCUGCCGAAAUCCAAGUAUUGAAUGAAUACAGAAUCAUUUUGAAUCGGAAAAAUAUCGUAUUUGAAUCGAGAAUCAACGAAAAAAAUCGAUAUAUUAUCGAAUCGUGACCCCAAAAAUCGAUAUUGAAUCGAAUUGUGGGACUCCCAAAGAUCCACAGCCCUAUUGCCAACCCUCCCGAUAGUCCCAAUUUAAAGUCAAAUUGCUUCUUGAUAAAAAAAAUAGCAUACCGGCCAGCUAGGGGUGUGGGGAAAAAUCGAUUCGAAUACAUUGUGCGAUUCAGAAACGAUUCUCAUUUUUAAAAAAUUGAUUUAUUUUUAUUUAUUUUUAAUUUUUAUCAAUCCAACAAACCACUACACAGCAAUACCAUAACAAUGCAAUCCAAUUUCAAAACCUAACCUGACCCAGCAACACUCAGAACUGCAAUAAAGAGAGCAAUUGAGAGAAGACACAAACACUACACAGAACAAACCAAAAGUAGUGAAACAAAAAUGAAUAUUAUCAACAACAGUAUCAAUAUUAGUUAUAAUUUCAGCAUAGCAGUGAUUAAAAAUCCCUCAUUGACAUUAUCAUUAGACAUUUAUUAAAAUAAAAUAAAAACAAUAGUGUCACAGUGGCUUACACUUGCAUCGCAUCUCAUAAGCUUGACAACACACUGUCCAAUAUUUUCACAAAGAUAAAAGAAGUCAUAUUUUUGGUUUGUUUAAUACUUAAAACAAAUUUACAUUAUUGCAAUCAGUUGAUAAAUCAUUGUCCUUUAAAAUUAUAAAAAGCUUUUUUUUUUACAAAAAUCUACUACUCUGCUUGCAUGUCAGCAGACUGGGGUGGAUCUUGCUGAAAUCCAAGUAUUGAUUGAAUACAGAAUCGUUUUGAAUUGGAAAAAUAUCGUUUUUGAAUCGAGAAUCGAAUCGAAAAAAUCGAUAUAUUAUCGAAUAGUGACCCCAAGAAUCGAUAUUGAAUUGAAUCUUGGGACACCCAAAGAUCCACAGCCCUAUUGCCAACCCUCCCGAUAGUCUUGGGAGACUCCCGAGUUUCAGUGCCCCUCCCGAAAAUCUCCCGGGGCAACCAUUCUCCCGAAUUUCUCCCGAUUUCCACCCGGACAACAAUAUUGGGGGCGUGCCUUAAAGGCACUGCCUUUAGCGUCCUCUCUCACCUCAAAAGGAGACUACCAUAUUUCCUUGAAUUGCCUCCGGGGCGCUAAUUAAUUGAAAACCUCUUCUCACUCCUGCGCUUACCAAAGGCAUGCGGUAAAAGUAAGCAUGCGCUAAUUAUUUUAAAACCUCUUCUCACUCCGGCACUUACAAAGGUAUGCAGUAAAAAUUUGAGUGUGAUGUAAGCUUGGACUUUAAAUCCUACUGAAUAGCUCUUAAUCUUCUUCCCUUCAUGCGAUUUGAAAUUACUCCUCCAUUUUGAAAAUGAUGACAGGGGAAAUGUCACUCGUGACGUCACGAGUUUGACCAGGCGGUAAUACUAAGCAUACGCAAAUUAUUUUGAGAAGCGAGUUUGACCCGGCAUUAAUUCAAGGCAGGCGCAUACUAUAUGCCCUGCGGCAAUUCAAGGAAAUACGGUAUUAUAUAGGGCUGGGCGAUAUAUCGAUAUAAACGAUAAAUCGCGGGUUUGCCUCUGUGCGAUAUAGAAAAUUACUAUAUCGUAAUAUUCGAGUAUACGUUCUCACGCAGUUGCUUUUAGCUGCGGGCAUUAGACUACAGGCGUUUCUCGCUCCUUCUCGUCUCUCUCACAGAGACGUAUAACAAGCCCACCUUCUUUUUCAUACAUCGCAUACUGUCGCGCGUGUAGCGUCAUACGCCUUCGCCGAGCAGAGAGGUAGCAGCAUGGCUAACGUUAGCUGAGGCAGGUGGUGCAAGCGGAGCGGUGCGAGUGACAUUACAAGAGAGAGAAGGUGCAAAACUGAUUACAAAUGGAGGAAAAACAAUUAAUGCCCCCAAAAAAACAGCAUGGGGUCCAUCAUCUGGCGGUGGUUUGUCUUCAAGCGGGAAGAUAUUCAGCAGACAACAGCAAUAUGCAAAGUAUGCAGCGGAAGUGUUGCUACAAAAGCUAGCAGCACUACUAUUUGUUCUUUCAUUUAGAAAGUCACCCGCGAGAGAAUGAAGAGUAUUUAAUAAAUACAGUUUUGGUCAAUUGACUUAGUGAUUUCCCUCUGCAUGAAAGUUUAAAAUUAGCAUAUGUUAAUGCAGUAUGACAAAGAAUGUUUUAAUGUAGACACACAGAAUCAUCAUACUGGUGUGAUUAUAUGCAUCAGGUGUUUACUCAAGGCUAAGGCAAAAUAUCGAGAUGUUUAUCGCGAUACGGCAUAAAAAUACUGAGAUAUUAAUAAGAGCCAAUAUCGCCCAGCCCUAGUAUUAUAUAUGUCUCCGUUAUCCAUAGGUUUAUCUAUAACCCAUUAAGUAGUGCUUAGUAGGGCCCCUCCCAAAAACCUCCUGGGGCAAUCAUUCUCCAGAUUUUCACCCAGGCAACAAUAUUGAGGUCGUGCCGUUAUGCCACUGCCUUUAGCGUCCUCUACAACCUGUCGCCGUGUCCGCUUUUCCUCCAUACAAAGCGUGCCAGCAGAGUCACGUGUUGCACGCGGCUUCUACAGACACACAUAAGUAACUGCAAGACAUACUUGAUCAACAGCCAUACAGGUCACAUUGAGGGUGGCCCAAUAAACAACUUUAACAAUAUUUCAAAUAUGCGCCACACUGUGACCCCACACCAAACAAGAAUAACAAACACAUUUCGGGAGAACAUCCGCACCAGUCCUUGAAGCCCUAAUGUUUCUGGGACGCUACAAUAUACACCACCGCUACCACCAAAACCCGCCCCCCCAACCCGGUCCUCCCAAUCUCCUCAAUUCGGAUGUCUCCAAGUUGGCAAGUAUGCAUUAAUACACUGACACACAACAUACGGAUUCCCAUCAUGCAUUGCUUCAAAACUACGGCAAGUAGUAAUGUCCAAAAACAUAACAGAGACGAAGCAGAAGAACGAAGCAGAGACAUGGCGACGACGAGUAAGAAGAAGUACGCUUGCAAGUUCCAAAAUUAUUGGUAAAAAUAAUUUCAGUUCAUCCAGCUCGAAGAUAAGGGGUCUGCUGCCUGCAAACUUUGUAGAUCAGACUUCUCCAUUGAACACGGUGGCUGAACGGAUAUACUCAUUCAUGUCCAUAUUACCGUAUUUCCUUGAACUGCCGCCGGGGCGCUGAUUAAUUUAAAACCUCUUCUGACUCCUGCGCUUACCAAAGGCAUGCAGUAAAAAUUUGAGUGUGAUCUAAGCUUGGACCUUAAAUCCUACUGAAUAGCUCUUAAUCUUCUUCCCUUUAUGCGAUUUAAAAUUACCGGUAUUGAAAUCAGCCUCCUCCAUUUUGAAAAUGAUGACAGGGGAAGUGUCACUCUUGACGUUACAAGUUUGACCAGGCGGUAAUACUAAGCAUGCGCUAAUUAAUUUGCAAAGCGAGUUUGACCCUGCAGUAAUUCAAGGCAGGUGCAUACUAUAUGCCCUGCAGCAAUUCAAGGAAAUAUGGUAUAUGUAUAUAUAUAAGAAAUACUUGGAAAUAUACACACCCCCACCCAUCUCCCGAAUUCGGAGGACUCAAGGUUGGCAAGUAUAAAUGUUAGUCAAUUCCUAGCUUCCUAACAUUAGCGUGCAAGUUUUUCCAGAAUUUUUUAUUUUUUUUGGCACCUUAGGGUCAAAUAUUUAGGUAUUUCACACUAACCUGACUCUCGCCAGAUCUCUGUAGUCCCCUGAGCUCCAAACAUGGAUCUGGGAUCGAGGGCAAUGCAAACUCCUUCAACAUAGCAAAAAAUAAUGAACCACUCAGGAUCGGCGGGCAGCAUUUCAUAGAUGGGACGUCAUCAUUUGGCGGUCACUGGAAGCGAGUAUGACGAUCCUCCUGGUAGGGGGGUAUUCCUUUAUGGAGGAUGCCUGUCCGUGACUUUGUUUAACGAGGAGAGACUGAUGUACAGACAGUCACCACACGAUCCUUGACAGAUCCGGGUCAGGGUCCAGUGGCAUGGAGUCCAAGACGACUGGGACUCCUUUCCUGCUGCAGCCUUCAUCCGUCAUCCCAGCCGUUGUGACGCUCCAUAGGGUUAGCAAUCAUCCUCCUCCUGUUCCACCGUUGAGGUCUUGGGUUGUUAUUUCCACAUAACUGGGCACACAUGGAUGUGGGGGUGCCUUCUACCGUCAUCACAGCCGUUGUGGUGGUUUAUACAUCUACCGUCUUCCGCCUGCUCCGCCGUUGAGGUCUUCACCGUAUCCCUGGCUAGGGGGCAGUCAGGUACUAGGCCUUUGCCAAGGGCCACCUGGGGUAACAGUAGUAAAGGAGUUAACCUCCUAGUGCCCCAAGACCCCUUAGAGGAGCCUCCACUGCCGGAUGCACUUCAACGUCUUGCCCAGGACAUAGAUGUGACGUAGGGUAGAAGCGGCUGUUUGAUUCAAACAACAAUGGCGGCACACAGUGAGGAGUCGUGUGCUGACAUCGAUUCUGCUAUUGCAACUGUUUUAUCGAAUACUAAUUCUUUAAAAGAUGGACAGAGAAAUUUUUCGCUAUGUCAUUAUCCAAUAUGUCGGCUGUUCUGUUGUGGAUUUCCCAGCACCGCUCUCAUCAGCGUCACGGGUCGAUUUUGAUGUGAGUGGUUGAAGUAGCGCGUCAGUCAAGAUAACGGACAAGUGGUUUAUCCAAUCACAUACAAUGAUUUUUUUUUACAAAGCCCCGCCCUCUGAAAUACAUUUCCUAUUGACAAGUGACAGAUCCCAGAUCUGACUAGCAUGCUAACUGUUAGUAUUCUGCUUUUCGGCAUUCACGCGCGAUCUCUACCAAAAAGUUGUUGUAGUUCAAUUCAUCAUUGAUAAAUAUAAACAAUUAAUUAGUAAAAAAACCUAAUAUCAUUAGUAGAAUAAUAGCAAAAGUAAAAAUCUAAUAUGUAAUGCUUAAAAAAAGAUUUAAAGUAAUACAUUCUAAAGAACAUAUGGAUGUAUUUGUAGUAAAAUUUUAAGAGUUUUAAAUAUAAAUAAAUAUAGAUGUGUAAUAAGUUAGUCAGAAAAAACAAAUACAAUUAAUAAAAAAAUCGAAAUCUAAUAUUAGAAAUAUACAUAAAUACAUCGAGAGGAGCCAGAUGAGCUGGCUUGGGCAUCUGGUCAGGAUGCCACCCGAACGCCUCCCUAGGGAGGUGUUUAGGGCACGUCCAACCGGUAGGAGGCCACGGGGAAGACCCAGGACACGUUGGGAAGACUAUGUCUCCCGGCUGGCCUGGGAACGCCUCGUGAUCCCCCGGGAAGAGCUAGACAAAGUGGCUGGGGAGAGGGAAGUCUGGCCUUCCCUGCUUAGGCUGCUGCCCCCGCGACCCGACCUCGGAUAAGCGGAAGAAGAUGGAUGGAUGGAUGGACAUAAAUACAUAAAAAUGUUUACAUUGUAAACAUGAAUUAAUAUUCAAAUAUUUUUUUUUAUUUAACCAGAUUUUUUAUUUAAAGAAAAAUAAUUGUGUAAUAUACACUUUUGUCCACACUAUAAUGUAUUGUGGCCAUAUGAUGAAUAAAGUACAACCACUUUCACACAUCAGGAACUUCGCAAAUACAUCUUAAACUUACGCUAAAACAAAGUAAUAAUGCUUAUUGCUUGGUAUAAUAGUGAUUUGCCAAAAAUAGUAUUUUGAAAAGAAGCUGAUCCAGAUAAGAUUUGGCACAAGGGACAAAUGUAAGUAUAAAUCGAUCCAUCCAUUUUCUACCGUAUAUUCCCUUUGGAACCGUGGGGGGCGCUGGAGCCUAUCUCAGCUACAAUCGGGUGGAAGGCGGAGUACACCCUGGACAAGUCGCCAUCUCAUCACAGGGCGUAAGUAUUAGUAUGAAUAAAAACUUUUUGUAAAAUUCCUAUACAUUUUUGACUAUCGCAGAAAAGUGAUUUAAUGGUAUCAUUUGUGUGUUAAGUAGACCUCAAAUAUGUGUAUUUCUGGAAUAGUCAACCGGAGAAGCAAUGCAAAAUGUUAUAUUAGUCAUAAUGGUCUAUCAUACAGCGAGUCUACCGUAGUUUUUCCUGGAAUAUACUGUGUGUGAGCAGUUGGUGACGCCGUUAUUUUGAAUACAAAAGACAAGAAUGAAAGAGUCUUAGUUUGCAGCACAUGCCAUACAGCAUCCCUGCACUUUCCUCUACUGUGACAAACCUCCCUGCUCUGGGCCGAUGAUGACUCAUCCUGCAGGGCAUCUCUGACUCAGAGGAAAGGGUUGCUGAACUGAAACAGACUUUGUCUUGUCUCUCUUUUAGACAAAAGUGUUGAAAUGCAACUGGAAAACACUUGAAUGAUUAUGAAAAGACCAGCCUGUCAGCUGUUGUAGUUUCUUCAUAUGCUAUAAUCUGAGAUGUACAUUUUGUUAUGUGGUAAUAAAGAUGCACACUGUA